CUUGACUUGAGGAAGAUGGUCUCUGUGUCUAUGGAUGGACCCAGUGUUAAUUGGCGUUUUUUGGAGAUGCUGCAGCAGGAGCAUGCAGAGCAUUUUGGGGGUGCUCAGCUGGCAGUGGUGGGGAGUUGUGGCCUGCAUACUCUCCAUAAUGCUGUCAAAUGUGGAUUCACCGACUGGCAUAUGGAGAAGUUCCUAAGAGCUCUGCAUACAAUUUUUCACAAUGUGCCAGCAAGAAGGGAGGAUUUCUGUAAUCUCACAAAGUCCAAAAUCUUCGCUUUGCCUUUUUGUGGUCAUCGCUGGGUCGAGAACCUCCCUGUGGCGGAGAGGGCCCUUGUCAUCUGGCCAGACAUGAUGAAGUAUGUUGAGGCUGUUAGCACCAAAAAGCUUCCUAACCCUGGGACGUCCUCCUAUGAUACCAUUGCGGCGGCAACCAAAGACCCUCUCAUUCUGGCAAAGCUUCACUUUUUCAUGGCAGUGUGUCGAAGUGUAACACCUUUCCUCACCAGAUACCAGACUGAUGAGCCUGUGCUGCCUUUCAUUGGUAAUGACUUGGCUGAACUGCUGAAGAGUUUGCUGAGGCGAUUCAUCAAACAAGAACUUCUCAAUGAUGCCACACCUCAGCAUUUGGUCCGGCUUGAUGUUAGUGACAUGCAGUCCAGGGUUCAUCUAAGAGCUGUUGAUAUUGGCAUUGGAGCUGAGGCUGCAAUAAAGGAACGUCAGCAGCAGAGUAGAUCCACUGAGGAGCUUUCUGUCCUCCAGUUCAGAAAGGAAUGCAUGGAGGGUCUGUCCAAAAUUGUGAAGAAGAUUCAAGAGAAGAGCCCUUUAAAAUUCCCAACUGUAAGGCAAAUGACUUGUCUUAACCCAGCUGUGAUGUAUUCAAAUCCAGAAUUGUGUCAGGGCCAGAUGAAGUGUCUAGUCAAAAGGUUUCUUCAAGACAAGCAGUUAGAUGGGGUUGCUGCAGGUGAUCUGAUCAUUCAGCAAUUUUCACAAUUGUUGUCCCUGGAGGUGAGGAAUGAGAAGUUCCUGUCCUUCAAGCCCCUCGAGAAGAGGCUGGAUGUGUUUCUCCAUCCUUAUAUAAGUCAGCCCUACCCACAGCUCUGGGCUUUCAUCAGAAACCUUCUGCUCCUCUCCCAUGGGCAGGCUACGGUGGAGAGGGGCUUCUCUAUCAAUAAACAAGUAGAAACUUGUAAUAUCCAAGAGGACAUUGUCAUUGCACAAAGAGUUGUGUGCGAUUACGUGUCCAUGCAUGGGGGGUGUUACCAAGGUGCCCCUCACACCAGAGCUCCUGUCUUCAGUCACAUCAGCAAGGGUGAGGUACAGGAUGCAUCUUGA